AUGGCAUUCCGAGUCACGGGGAGUUUGUUCCUCCGGCAAUUCAUAAUACUAUGCUGGAAGAACUGGAUCGUUCUCUCUAAACAUUCGCUCUUGAACAUCCUGCGCUGCUUGUUGUUGCCGAUCGGAUACGGAAUUUUCCUUGCUGCCGCACAGACAUUCCUUGUAAAGCCAAAUAAUUAUGGGUUUGGCUCUCCGAUCUCGGUCUACAAUCUCCAGAAUGAGUUUGAUGGCUCUCUAACCUUAGUCUGGGCUGAUGGAACCAAUGGCACUGGAACACCCUCUGCGGAACAAGUCAUGGCGCGCAUCACCAGUAACUUCACGUCAAAUCAACUUCAAGCGGUCAUGCAGGUUGCGACACCCGCAGACAUACCAACUCAGUGUCCACAAAACUUUGACUUGACCUCUCAGUGCUUUGCUGGUAUUGCGUUCAAUUACCUUCCAAUGAACGCCACAGAUACGACACCAAUUAACUACACCAUAAGUGCCGACGCUGGACUUGUCUAUGUCAACGUAAUCAGCCAUACUAGUGAUUUCGAGACACGUAUUCUGCCGUUGCAAUGGGCAUUAGACCAGGCAAUCAUUGAGCUCAGAUCUGGACAGGAGGUACUCACUCCUAUGGAAUGGCCAUAUAGUCAGGAAACCAAUCAAGAACAGGCCACUGCUAUGAGACUUAGUUUCAUUAGAGGCAUCCGGAAUCUUCUUGUCAUUGCACUCUUUAUUUGUUAUAUCGGCAUUGCGUAUCAUCUUCCAGGGGCAUUCACCGGCGAGAGAGCCAAUCUCCUGACCAGCCACAUGAAGGCUAUGGGUCUUCUGGAUGCUGCCAGAAUAGCGUCAUGGCAUAUUAGUAUCUCUCUAGCAUAUCUUCCCGCAUGGAUUGUCGUUUCUAUCAUAUGGCACUACCGAAUUUUCAGCGCUACUAAUAUCGGCCUGGUGCUUAUUGUGCACCUUCUAUUUGGAUUCUCGUUUGCCAGUUGGUCCUUCUUCGUCGCAGCUCCUUUUGGCAAGAGUCCUCAGCUUGCGGCUGUGGCAACUACAUUCCUUGGUAUCAUAUUUGCUAUCGUCGCGCUAGUCUUUAGCAGCGCUAGCACGACUGCGGCGACUAUUUUUACCCUAAUAUUCCCGCCUGGAUACUAUGUCUUCGCGAUCCGUGCUAUAUGUGGCUGGGAAAACCACCAAAUUCCAACCAAUAUCCUGAAGCCAGAUCCGGAUGACAAUCUAAUUUUGUUGCCCUUGAUCAUUGCUGCCAUUGUUGACGUGUUCCUAUGGCCAUACUUAGGUGUCCUGCUCGAGAGAAGGCUCUAUGACGCCAGAAAGCCGUCCUCGGGCUUUUGGUCAUGCUGCCGCAGGCAGAAAAAGUCUGACCUACCUCCGCACCCUGACGGAGUUGCAAUUUCUGUCAGGAAUUUGGGCAAGACGUUUUCCCCUUCCAUGUUCCAUCGUGAGAAGCGACGGGUCACUGCCAUCGCAGAUUUGUCUUUCGACGUUCCGAAGUCUGGUAUCUUCGUUCUUUUAGGAUCAAAUGGCGCCGGUAAGUCAACAGCAUUAUCAAUCAUUGGAAAUCUCCUCGGGCGCAGCACUGGAACUGUCACCUUUGAGGGUGGUGUCUCUCAUCCCCCCCGCGGAACGCUUGGCAUCGUGCCUCAGAAAAAUGUGAUAUUCCCUGAACUUUCUUGCUACCAAACUCUCCGCGUAUGGCGCGCAGUGAAGCAUUCUGCUCAAUCGAUAGACGAAAACGAAGAUUACGAGCAGCUAUUACGUGACUGCGAUCUCGGCAAAAAGAUCCACGCCAAUGCCAGUACUCUCUCUGGUGGUCAGAAGCGCAAGCUGCAGCUCGCUAUUGGACUUGUCGGAGGCUCCAAGAUUGUCCUUGUGGAUGAGUGUACAUCCGGUGUUGAUCCGUUAUCCCGCCGGGCGUUGUGGAGGACUUUGACGUCUGUUCGCCUCGACCGGACCAUCGUGUUCACCACUCAUUUCUUGGACGAAGCUGAUCUGUUGGCCGAUAACAUAGCCAUUUUGGCUGCGCCAGGCAAGUUGGUAGCUGAGGGCACUCCUGUUGCUCUCAAGUCAAACCUCGGGCAGGGAUAUAGCGUCCAAGUUAUGUUCGACUCCCAUGAUUUGCCCGAGAAGGACCUUCCAACAGAAACUUUGGAUUGUAUUCGCCAAAUUUGCACCCAGUGCUCCAUGUCACUCUCCUCGCCGAGCCAGGCAUCAUACCACCUCAAGUCGAAGGAUCCCGUGGUUGUGGAGAAGUGCUCUCACGUCGCAUCCUGCGAUGUGUUGGGGACGUCCAUUGAAGAUAUCUUCCUGGAUCUCAUGGCCCGUCAAACUGGCAGUGUCUCCCUAGAUAGCACCGAGAAGUCCAUUGCAAGUUCAGGUGGCAUUUCUGAGCCCAUCCUGGCUAAGUUGACCGACGACCCAUCUGCUCCACCUGGGGCCCUUCAGCUUACCGAUGGGCGACCUCGUUCUCCUCUUAGCCAAGCUUUGACGAUCUUCUACAAGCGUGCAUUAAUCGCUCGCAGAAGUUGGCUGACGCCCUUGUUGGUCGUGCUCAUCGCGGUCUGCGGUUCAUGCAUCCCGCUAGUUUUCCUAUCUGGCCAGGACACAACAUGUACCACUCAGUUCAAGAACGAGUCCGUCAUUUCGUUGUACUUUCCCGAAUCGCCUGUCUACUAUUCAGAAACCGGACCUGGUACCCAGAUCUUGGAGUCACCCCCGGAUAUCAUUGCGACUCUCGGACAAAGCGCCUUAUUCCUGAAAACGGAAAACAUCCUUAACAAUGCUACAUUCAUCUCAACGAUUGACCAGGACUACUCUAACUUGAUUUUUGGUGGGAUAUCGAUAGAUAUGCAGACGGGUGAUUCGUUAUUUGCAUGGGAUGCAACCCCGCCCGGUUUAACUGGUCCGACCAUGAUGAAUCUGGUGACAAAUAUACUGUACAAUCGGGCAUUGAACGCGUCUGGGAACACUGCAAGCAAGCCGCACCUCAUUUACGCGAGCUAUGCUGCUUUCCCUCAUCUUAAUACAGGGACUCUGGUUGAUCUCAAGUGGGUGGCGUUCUUCGGAGCUGCUAUGGCUGUCUUCCCUGCGUUUUUCUCCCUCUAUGUCUCAAGAGAGCGGAGAUCAGCCGUGCAAGCUAUGCAACUAUCGAACGGUCUUUCAGAUCCCAUUGGGCUUUGGAUCGGCCAUCUCCUGUGGGACUCGAUAUUUUCGGUGACACUGGCUACAAUCAUUAUCAUUAUAUUCGCUGUCACUACAAAUCAGUUCAGCGGCCUUGGUUUCUUCUGGCUCGUCCUCGUUUUGUACGGCAUCGUUGGCGCGUUGUUCGCGUACUGCGUAUCGUUGUUCAUGUCGUCACCACUGUCCUCUUUUGCAGCAGUGGCAGGAUACCAAAUCGUCAUUUAUAUUAUGUACUUGGGUGCAUAUCUCCUGACGCUGACUUAUGCGUUACCGUCUCAAUCCAGUGCCAUUAUCACGAUCAUCCGUAAGGCGUUGUUAUAUAUGCGUGCGGCCUUUGUAUCAAUAAAUCUCUUCUCACUGCUCUGCGACGGCACGACUCCCGUGACAACGUCAUCACUUGGUGACAUCCUGCGAUAUGGAGGCCCCAUCGUCUACCUCGUCGUUUAUGGCUUUAUCCUGUUCGGUAUUCUCGUAUGGGUCGAUUCUGGGUCAAUCAUCCCUCGUCGAUUCCUCAAUACCAAGGGACGGAAAGGACGAAUGGAUGAGUUGCAGGCCAACUUUGAGGCCAACAGACAAGACGUUGCUGCUGAAGCGCGUGCGGUGGCACACUCCAGUGACGCGCUACCAAUAAAGUUGUCGAUGACGUGUCUUAUGGGGUGUCUCGGGAUACUAUUUUUGCCUAUGCUUGGGCCUAACGGGGCUGGAAAAACUACAACGUUCAACAUGAUUCGUGGCGAUAUCGUUCCGGACAUGGGAGACGUAUUGAUCAAGGGGGUAUCAGUAUUAAACUCUCCAAGGACCGCACGUCUAUCUUUGGGAGUCUGCCCACAGUUCACUGCAAUUGACUCUCAGUUGACUGUUCGGGAACACCUCAUGAUCUAUGGACGUCUCAAAGGCCUGAACAGGGGUCAUGAACUAAAAACAAAUGUCGAGGCACUCAUGAUUGCUACAUCAUUGCAUAUGUAUGCUGACCGACUAGCGAGUCAACUGUCCGGCGGGAAUCAACGCAAGCUCUCUCUUGCUAUCGCCCUCAUUGGUAACCCUUCUGUUGUUCUCAUUGAUGAGUUCUCUACGGGAGUAGAUGCGAAGAUGAAGAGAGAGAUGUGGGGCACUCUCCGAAACGUCGCUGUCGGAAAAGCAAUUGUUAUCACGACACAUUCCAUGGAAGAAGCUUCAGCUCUAGCAAAUAAGUCGGCAUCAUAUCUAAACAAUUACUGGGUAAGCACAUUGUUCGCUAUGAUGUUUGCAAUAUCUUAUCGCCUUGCAGCUGUUGGUACGAUCGAGGACCUGGUCUCGCGUUAUGCCACGUACCAAGUGCAUUUCUCUUGUCCGACACGAGAAGACACGUUCAAAGCUCAGGUCCUCAUGAGUCGGAUUCCAGGCUCCCGUCUAGCCGACGACGUUGCUACGCGUUUCGAAGUUCCUAUACAAGACGGCACUGGCAGUGGGCUCACGCUUGCGCAAUUGUUCCAUAUUCUCUCGUCCCAAGGCGAUUUCCAGGAGUACAGCGUAGAAAAAGCAACACUAGAGAGCGUGUUCCUGAAGGUUAUUAGAGGAAAUAAUGUUAUCGAGGACGAUUCCCCUAGAAGACGACGCAGGUUUCGACUGUGUUAGGGCCGUAAGUUGCCCAAGCAUUUAAUUAGACUGGACUGACUCGGACUUACACGUACUUGGACAUGGACAAUGCAUGCAUUUAUUGAUUAAUAGUAGUGUAUCCUUAUGACGAUUGAUUGCAGUCGAGCAAGUACUUGGUAGCAAUAGUAUGCUUACCG